AUGCUUGGAUUCGCCUCGGUUCAUUGCAAAGGGAUCUGCUUGGGCGCUGGGUUUGCCAGUCGGCGCAGUGGAAGAAAAGUUGUGGUCGGAGGAGUUGAGGAAGAAGGUCGGCAGUGGUGUGAGCGUCCCUGUACGACAAGAUUAUGGCGGCAGUCUACACUUUUAGGUUGCUUUGAAGCACGGAGGAGCGACGAUUGUUUGGAGUGGGCGCAGCGGGUAAUGACUGCGGUGGAUGGAGGGACAUUUGAGGAGUGGUGCUCUUUGUUGUGGACUUUAUGGAAAGAGCGGAACACUCAGUUGUUCAACGGGCAAAAGAUGCCAGAAGAAGAGAUUGUGACCCGAGCAUCUACUUACCUUGCAACCUAUAGACAGCAGCAGGGGAAUGAACCGAUAGCUAGAACACCCCAACUGUUGAAGCGACGAAGAGAUGGGAGCGCCCAGGAGAUGGGUCCAUCUCGAUAA